CAACCAGGAUCGAAAAUAUCGACCCGUUACUGUCUUUGAGAAUUUUUCACGUUAUCGUCGUCUGGAAACAUAAUUUCUGCAAAAUUGUGAGCAAAGUGAUAGGAAAAAUGAAUUUAAAGCUGAAAAUAAUUGUGCUGCUUGGGACACUGCUUUGUUCGGCUUCGGCACAUUACGGCGGUCCGUUUUUGUUCUGGGGAGUGGAUGAUUUGAAGGAUGUCGAAGUGCCUGCUCUAGAAGAGUUCGACGAUAAGUUUCUGCGAGACUUGUACUCGAACUCAGCUGCGGUCGUAGUGUUCCUGCGGAACGGGACGGCAAAGCUAAGCGAAGAUAACUAUCCUAGCUUUCGACGAAUCGUCGAAAGACACCAGUACGUGUACAGCCCACAGGAGGCUCUGAGCUCUAACCCGAUGGACUACAAUGUUAACGCUGAGAUUAUCAAUCUAGUCGGAUCACCCUCCCAGCAAGACAUUGAGCUGUCUGCGCUGUACCGCGAUUCGGUCGCUAACUAUGGUGACCGCAAGGUGCUGGGAAUACUGGCCACUCGCUGGGACGAACCAAACCACGUGCUGUACAAGCGGGAAGCCAAAGCUGGUGACGAUGCGGGUCCCAGCACCACCACACCGGCCGGACCGACAGAUGAACCGGAGAUCGACGAUGCAAUUUAUUACGUACCCGGCAAGGCCCUGAUCUAUAUAACCGCGGCUCCGGUUCUGGCCAUCAACAGUACCGAUGACGAGUACGUACUGAACAAGCACACCGUCGCUACGUACGACGCACGGGAACGGGAGAGUAAACUGAUCGUUACGUUCAAGGUGGAGGAUACUACCAAGUUGACUUUGAAAUUCCGUUUCGAAAUGGACUCUGGCUACUGGACGAUGCCAAAGGUGGACGUUUUCCUGAUCGACACCAAAAGUAAGGAUGGCAGCAAGAGUGUUGAUACCACGCUGGAAAUCGAAGGCGACGCCCCAUACGCUCCGAUUGGAUUUUCAUACUCCUGCUCCAGACAGUUGGUAUUUCGCAAUGGAUCCACGGUAUUAACGUUGGAAAACAUUCAGGUUCAACCAGCACUCGAAGGCAGCACUAAAUUCGGCAGCGCCUGGGACUGCAUCGGAUUCACAACGGGUCCCAUCUGGUCCGGUCUGUUCAUAACGUCGUUCAUGGCGGUCGGUUUAUCGAUUGCUAUUUGUGCUAUACUGGACAUCAAAACACCGAACCGGUUCGAAUCCCGUACUGGAAAGCAGCUAACAUUCACUGUUCAAGAGUAAGAAGAUCCCGCAUUAUGCUGCUUGCCUUUAGAGAUGGCCUGGUGACACCAUCUUCCAUCUUCCCGGGUAAGGUCAAGGCAAUAACGCCGUAUGUCACAGAUUCGAAAACAGCUCUUUUCCAACUAUACAUUGUGGAACUACAGUCUGAAUAAGCGUAACCGAAAUAAGCACAUACUGUUGGGUAUAGUAACAAAUCCUGCCGUGCAUACGACCGGACAGAGAAAAUAGCAAAUAAAAAUAGUCAUUAAGUUAAAAGUUAAUCACCGCUUCAACCUUCUGAACCAACUAUCUACGCAGAGCGAUUAAUAAAGCGAAAGACAAACUGCACUUUCCUCAUCGGUUUUCCAUCUCAAAGAAACGCAUAAACGCCGAGCGACGGAUCAAUUGAAACGGCAGCAUUUUUAUCUUGAUGUUACAGGCCUCCCGUUUUACUACCGACAACUCAUUUGCAACCCCUUGACGUCGUCACUCCGUUUGAUGUCCGGCAAGUGAAAUUUAAUCGAUACUAAGGUUCAACGUUUUAUUGGAUACGUACUCAUGUUCCGUUUUGUACAACAAGUGCGUCAUCUUAUCUACAAUGUUCAGUUUCAACAGUGCAGUCCCUAAAAAAUUAGACACGGCAAAUGACUCCAACUAAAUGAUGACUGUCUUAGGAUUACCCGUGCCGACAUGGUAAUAGAAAAAUAAAAUAGAACAUGAAAAAUAAGACCUCGAUUAUGUCAUUCUCACAGUGAUUCAUUAACAGUUGUUUAGAUAUUCAUCGAAUAAUAAAAGUGAUAACCGUUA